AUGUUUGAAUGGAGAUAUGGCAUGGGGAUGGGGAGAGUGGAGGGAUACCUUGAAAAAACAAAGCAUUUGGUGCACAUAAGUGGAGGAAUCACACGAGUUAAGCAACAUCUUACUCAUACCGGAGGACAAGUCACCGGUUGUCCGAAUGUGACUGUGGAUAUCCAGAAGAGAGUCAUGGCAUCAAUGAAAAAAAAAGAUAGGAUAAAUAUAGAAAAUAAAAGAAAUAUACAAAUACUUAGAUCAAGCACGGUUGAUCUUUCGGAUGAAGUUGAGGAUGAAGAAUUUGAUGUUCAAGAAGUUAGUGUAAAACGAAAUGUUUCAAAAAAGAAAAAAUUUGUGGGUUCUAGCAAUGAUAAAAUUUCAACUUGGGUUUAUUCGGUUCAUUUACCCUUCAAUGUCGUGCGUGACAAAAGUUUCCAAGAUAUGAUCUAUUCAAUUGAAGAAUACGGAAGAGGUAUGCCAGCUCCAUCUUAUCAUAAUAUUCGCGUCACACUGAUGAAAAAAUGUUUAGAACAUACUCGAAAGUUUGUGGAUUCGUUCUGUUCACAUUGUGAGGAAUAUCGGUGUAGCAUUAUGUCUAAUUUUUGGACAGACGGGAAAGGAAGAUGUUUGAUAAACUUCUUAGUUAGUUGUCCUCUUGGAACAAUAUUUUUGAAAUCAAUUGAUGCGUCAGAGCAUGUGAAGAAUGCUCAAUUGAUUGUGGAGAUGAUAAAUGAGGUGAUAAAAGAUGUUGGAGAUGAGAACAUUGUACAGUUCAUUACAGACAACGGGUCAAACUUUAAAGCUGCCGGAAAGAUUUUAGAAGAACAACAUCCAAAGUUGUUUUGGACUCCUUGUGCAACACAUUGUGUGAAUCUCAUGAUAAGAGAUAUUGGUGAGAAAAUACCAAAGAUAAAGACAGCUCUGACUGAUGCGAGAGCAAUAGUGGUUUACAUUUACAACCACGGGAGGAUUCUUAAUCUGAUGAGCAAGUUGACAAAGAACAAGGAGUUGCACAGGCAGGACUUGAACCUAUACAUUGAUUCAAUUGGGCAAUUUGGAUCUUUAGCUGCUUUAAGGGCUAGAACGAAAGUUGCACCAUCCACUCUUGCGGAGGCAGGUGGUAACCGGAGGACAAAGAAAAAGGCAGCUGCUCGGAAUGGUGGUGAUGACGAAAUGUGGUGUGGCACAAAAGAGUGA